AUGUCGAUCAAGCUGAGCGGUUCGAAUGACUCGGAGAAGUUGGCCUCGCUCUGCCAGCAGACCUACAAGAACCAGGCCAUCUGGUUCCUCAACGCCUUCUGGGACCAGUUCCAGGCCGAGGCUCCCAAGCUCUGGAAGAUCGUCGGUCAGUGCGCUGACCUCGAUGCCCAGCGCCACGGCGAUGGCAACGGUCUGGACGAGGUGCAGGCCCACCGUCUCCUCGAGCUUCUCGGCGAGACCCUCACGGUGGAAGACCGGCGCCAUCGGCAGACCGAGCGACCCAAGACCGUGCCCCUCACCCACUACAUCUUGUGGCGCUACGAAGUCGACUGGCACGUCCUCGUCAACACUACCGGCGACAACAGCGAGGAGAUCGCCAAGGCGCAGCAGCUGCUCGACCAGGUGUCGGCCGCCUUCCAGGAGGCGGACCGCCAGGCGCAGCUCUCGCGCCAGGCCGAGGCCCACGCCAAGUCCGAGGAGGCCCAGGCCAUCAGCAAGGAGAACUACGCCCGCGAGCAGGAGGCGCCGUUCAAGGCGGCGCAGGAGGAGGUGGACGCGGCGCUGGCCGACGUCAACGCGCAGGAGUCGGCGCGCGACAGCCGCACGGCCGAGCUGCAGCGCAAGAGCACGGAGGGCGGCAUCGUGCAGCAGAACAAGGCCAAGGCCGAGCUGGCGCAGCACCUGGCCGAGGACCCGCUGCCGCUGCGCAAGGCCAAGAUCACGCUCGAGGCCGCGCUCAAGCGCGCCGAGAAGGCACGCGCCCCCUUCGAGGCCGCCACCCAGGCCGCCGUCGCCGCGCGCCAGGCUGCCGAGCAGGCGAGGCGCGAAGCCGAAGUGGCGCGCCAAGCCGCCGAGGCCGCGCUCGACGACGCGCGUCAGAAGGUGGAGGAGGCCGAGGCCUACCUGGCCGAGGUCAAGGCCAAGCCCGGCUCGCCCCUCGGCGCCAUCUGGUGGAUGGAGACCGAGCUCGAGGAGCAGAAGAAGUACCUGCCCUCGUCCAAGGGCGGCGUCGCCAAGCGCGGAUAA